AUGGGGUUUUCCACUUUGUUCGCGCUUUCUGUGAAUUUACGGCUGCUCGUUAAUGCUAGCCAGGCUCCAAGUCUCGAUGAUCCUCACGACAUGCUACCUACUGCUCAAGAAAACGCAUCCAAGCCAGGCGAAAGCUUGGCCGUAGUUCACCCCUUCGUUGUGCAAGACCUGGAAGAUCGGGGUUUUCGAAGUGAAUACGUGCUCGAUGCGAUCAAUUUUGUCCUUGAUAUCACUCGGUCACCUGAGCCAAGCACGAUCGCCCUUCGCGAAGAGGAAGGGAAAGUCGAACGGCUCAUUCUUAGUCACCUGCCCGCUAAUUCAGACAAACAUCCUGUCGUCACGGUCGUGCAUCAUAAGGGUCCAGCUGACUUUCGGUUUACUGGCGAGGCAUAUGAGCGUGCGUGUGAGCUCCCCGUGGUCAAAACGCCGGUUUUUGCUCGUUUGUACGAUGAUCUCGUUGAGAGCAUUGGCCCUAACGCAGCUCUACGUCAGCUCCAGUAUCGACCAGGAGGUCCGUGGCAGGUAACAGCGAUACAUAAUGAGAUGCUCCAGCAAGCGCAGUUCGCUUCUUGGUUCAAGGCUGCAAAGGACCCCAAACCUCUCGAGGAGGCAGCUACGAUCGAUAAAGUUGAGCUAGCAGGUCAUCCUACCGAGCCAGAGAAGGUGGCAAAGCACUAUGACGAUUUCAUCAAUGGAAUGCUACAAUUGUCCAGAUCGCAUGUCGACACUGUGGAGAGUCAGACGAGCUCUAUUUUCGAUGGAUUUAAAACUGGCGAGCAUGAAAUUGCGUGCGAGUCGAUACUGAGCGAGCGGAUCAAUAUCAGAAAGGUUCUCGACACUUACAGCGGUGCCACCACUACGCUAGGAGUUGAAGAUCUGGGUGUCCUCAGUCAAAAAAAAAGGAUCGAGGACAUCAUGUUCGGCAUUUGGUUUAUAUACAAAAUUGAACCUUUUGCUCUUCAAAGACAACGUCUGAACUCAUACAAGUGGCUUGAUGAAUAUAAAACCUUCAUCGACAGGUACACGAGGUUUAUUAAAAAGCAGCAAACAGAGGUCAGCAAGCUCAGAGUACAACAUCCGAGAGACGGUGACACGCUCAACGACCCAAAGCGCCAUCGCACAGCCUACUAG